UUUACCCCGCCGUCAGUGUGACACUAGAAACCCACUGUAAAGGUGCUGCGAGGGCAGCUCCACAUUUGGCUGAUAUCUUCGUAUCAUAUUUCCAUUCUCUUCUCUCUUUUUCUCUCCUCUUUUUGGAGAGAACGUUAUCUCUCUCUCCAUUCCACUCCACUUCCUCUCCAAUUCCCAUGGGAUGCAAGCGGCGGAGGAUGGAAUCGCGCGAAUCUUUGCAGAGCACGGUGGUGGAGGAGCAAUCCAGAGGCUCGGUGGUGGUGGUGGCGGCGGAGGAGGAGCGGAGCAAUGGCGGCGAGGAGGCGGAGGAGUCGGGGUGGACGACUUACUUGGAUCAGCAGCCAUUGUCAUUGUCUCCUCGAGUCCAAGAACCACAAGCUCGAAGGCCGCAAAAGAGAUCGCUCGCUCGCCAGGAUUCCACGCUCUCGGUGCUUUCGGACGCCUCCUCGGGGCCACUCACGGAUCAUCGAUCGCAAGAACAAGCUGGAGAGAACAUACUCAAGUCAUUAUUUAACGAAGACAACGAAUCAGAGAUUGACAAUGGAGCUUUCGAGGCCAUUGAAAGGCAACUCCGUGUUCUUCGGCGAUUGAUACCAGACGGAAACAAGUUUCACAACGAAGAAAUGUUGGACAAAGCGAUCGAAUACGUACACUUUUUGCAGAGGAAAAUCCAGAUAUUCGAGUCCAAGUGGCGAUGCAAUUUACAAGAGCAAGGCUUGUGUUUGAUCCCAGUCUCAAUGCUAAAGCUCGUUUGAUUCGUGCCAAA